CCCUCAUCGGUUGGAAAGGGCCACGAUUGGGCUUCCUCAACGUACGAGAGCAAGAUUUCGGUGGCUUACUGGCCGGCUGCACAUGCGACCCCCGAAAUGCAAGCCCACAGCAAUGUGACAGAGGAUUUUAUCAGAAAGAACUACAUGGACGUGUAUAUUUAUUUCGAUGAAAUAAUGUACAUGGAAAUAGAGCAGAAGAUGGCGUACACAUUCGACAACGUUCAAAGUGACGUGGGCGGGUAUCUGGGACUGCUUUGUGGCAUGAGUUUGAUAACACUGGUGGAGUGGGCUGAUUUCAUCUUGAAUACCCUCUACAAGAGGUGUCGACGACUUGCAACUAGCAAAAAACCCCGCCUAAACGUGAAUUUAUUAGCAGAAGCAUUCGCGUGACUUCAACUCUCUUCCUGUCUCCGUAGCGGCCCUUGAAAUAAUUUCAUUUUACACCACAGGAACGCGCCCCAAACUGAACCAAACCAAA